UGUCGGGCGGGUAGGGGCUAAACCGAAGCAACGGCUGAGGCGGAAGCGGCGGCUGGUGGGGCGGGGAAGGAGCUGGCCCCGGAAGGAGGAGGAAACCCUGAAAAGAAAACAGCAACAAGCUGAGCUGCUGUGAUAGAGGGGAACAAAAUGGCGGCGCCGAAGGGGAGCCUCUGGGUCAGGGCCCAACUGAGGCUCCCGCCGCUGCUGCUGCUGCUGCAGACCAUGGCCCUGGCCGGAGGUUCGGGGACCGCUUCGGCCGAAGCAUUUGAUUCGGUCUUGGGUGAUACGGCGUCCUGCCACCGGGCCUGUCAGUUGACCUACCCCUUGCACACCUACCCCAAGGAAGAAGAAUUGUAUGCAUGUCAGAGAGGUUGCAGGCUCUUUUCAAUUUGUCAGUUUGUGGAUGAUGGAAUUGAUUUAAAUCGGACCAAACUGGAAUGUGAAUCUGGUAAGAUGCUAUGCUGA